GGGGCGUCCUGUUUGGGAGACUUUUUCUGGUCCUGCUCGCUCUGCAUCCCUCCAAAGCGAACUGUCACGGGGGUGGAGCUGCAGCUGAACUGUGCAACUCGCUAAAACUCCUUUGGGACACACGCGCUUUUUGUGCUUUGCGUUUGAUUUUGGUUUGUUUUUGGAGAGGUGAUCACGAACUGCGAUGGGGGCCGAGAGCUCAGUGCAGCGGGACGAGAAGAGCCAAGCAGAGGAUGCAUCAGCUACAGCCACUGCCCCGGGCGAAGAAGAGGAGGCGGUGAAGGUGCAAGCGGGAGAGGAGAGCGCACUGGACAGCAAGUCUUUGCAGAAGAACGGUCAGAUCUCCAGCAUGAGCAGCCUGAAUGGACACUCGGAGGACAACACACUGGAUGAUGUGGGCCAACCGGAUGGUGUGUCUGUGGCUCAGAAGGAGGAGGCACCUGAGACGAUGGAUGCCAUUCAGGACGAAGUGGCUCCUCAAGUAAAUGGAGAGAAAGUGGAGAAAGAAUCAGCUGAUGCCAAUGACAUUUCAGUUGUUGAAGAGAAAGCCACAGAGGAGAAAAGUGAAGAUGCAAACGAGGUUGGCUUCAAGAAAAUAUUUCGUUUUGUUGGCUUCAAAUUCACUCUGAAGAAAGACAAGAGUGAGGAAAAGGACCCGGUUAAACUACUGACCAUCAAAGAUAAAGAAGAUGACACAGUUGUGGAUGAGGUUGUUAAAGAGGAAGAGGCAACUGUUGAGGAGAAGAGCACAGUUGAAGAGAAAGAGGCUGAUACUGCUGUUGAAGCAGAGGUCAGUAAAGACGCAGAGAAGACUGAAAGCCCGGAGGUAGAAGCCAAGUCUACUGAAGGAGAGGUCACAGAAGAUGCACCCAAAGAGGAGAAAACUGAAAAGGAGGAAGAGACCAGCCCAGCCCAAGAAGUUAUCUCCCCAUUUAGAAAGAUCUUUAGCGGUGGGCUCUUCUCCAAUCUGAGAAAGAAAGCUAGUAUCAAGAAGACAAAGGAUGAAGAAGAGAUGAAAGAGGAGACACCAAAGGAGGAAGAAACAGCAGCUGCUGGUGAAGAGGAGAAAGCAGAAACAAUGGAAGGAGCUCUUGAAGAAGAGAGCAAAUCAGAGGCUAAAGAGGAGGUUGCAGUCACUUCUGAGGAGGAUAAGCCAAAGGAAGACGCUGUCACUGAGGACGUAAAGGAAGUGGCCGCAGAAGAAUCUAAGCCUGAGGCAGCUACAGAUGGAGAGGCCACAGCAGAAGCACCUACUCCAGAAACUGAUACUACUGACGAGGCCAAACCAGAUGAGGAGAAAGCCGCACUGGAACUGUCCACAGAAGCUGAACUGCUGUCCUCCCAGGAGAAGGCCAAACCCCAUGGAAGCCCUCUCAAAAAGCUGUUUACAGGAGCUGGCCUUAAAAAGCUGUCAACUAAGAAACAAAAGACCAAGAAAGAUGCUGAAACAAAGCUUACUGAGUCUGGGGAGCAGGCUGAACAACUACAGUCGUCCACUGAAUCUGCAGAGGUCCCUAAAGCUGAGAGUGGCCCCUCAUCCCCAGAAGAGUCCGGAGAACAUGUGGUCACUAUGGAGGUCACUGAGAAAGAGUCCAGCCAGGAGACCGAUGGUGAAGUCACCUCUGACGGGGAGAAGAAAAAGGAGGGGAUCAUUGCCUGGUCUUCCUUCAAGAAACUUGUGACUCCAAAAAGACGUGUAAAGAGACCCUCUGAGAGUGAUGAUGAGGGUAAUGGUGAGAAACCUGCCAAGUCUGCAACACUAUCUUCCACUGAGAGUGCUACCCUUGCAGAUAAGAGUGGCGAAGAGGAGACUAAAGAGGAGAAAACCACAGAGGAAGAGCCAAAGACAGAAGCCACUGAAAAACUCACCAGCAGCACUGAGGAGAAAAAGAAAAUGGACACGUCUGUCUCCUGGGAAGCUCUGAUGUGCAUGGGCGGUCCAAAAAAGAGAACACGUAAAACCUCUGACUCUGAUGAUGAUGAGACCAAGGUUGAAGAGGAACCAACAGCAGCAGUAGAAGAGGCCGAAGAGGAGGCUACAGUUGAAGCUGUGGUUGCCACUCCACAAACCAGUGAGAACGAGGGUGAAGUUGUGUCCUCUCCUGAACCUGUGAGCCCUCCUGUUUCUGCCUGGGACACACUCAAACGCAUGGUUACGUUGAAGAGGACAAAAAGUGAAGAAAAGCCAGAGGAUGCUGUAGAACAAGUCCUGUCCGACAGUGAGGCCCCAAAAGAAGAGUCAUCUUUCUUUCUGAAGAAGUUCUUCCCUGGGCGUAGAAAGAAGAAGUCUGAAAAGCAAGCCUCAACUGAACACGGCUCUGGUGAAGAGGAUUCUGACACUCCAGCGGUGGUCCCCCUUUCUGAAUAUGAUGAACCAGCUGAACCUGAAACUGAGAAACAAGCCCAUGCAGAAGUUGUCCAGGCCAAAGUCAGUGCUGCAGAAGAGAGGUCCCCAUCUUGGAUCUCAGCAGCAGUUGAAGAUGACAAACAAGACCAGCUGAGUGAUAUCCCAGAGGAGGCUGAGAGCGCUGCCACCCCGAAAUCGGUUGAUACUGACAUUACAGAAGAUGAAGAGCAAGCCCCUGUGUCUCCUAAACAAGUCGACACCGGCCGCAGACUGUCCAUUGCUGAAGUCAAACCAGUCGCUCCAGCUCCAUCCUCAGAAACAGCCACUGUUCCCAAAGAACCAGAGACUGAAAAUGCUCAGGAAGUUCUUCAAGCUGUUGAAGCCCAGAAUGAUGUAAUCCCUGCAAAGACCUCUGUUGCUGUUGAAGAUGCUCCCAUGGAAACCGCUGUUGAAACAACUGAGUAUGAGCCACCAACUGAAACUGCUGAUGUUAAGACCAAUUCCAUCCUCGAGGUGCAUGCCCGUGAUGAAGCUAUGGCUAUCUGCACUGGUCUGGGAACCAAGGAGAUCGCAAAAGUCACUCUAGAGAAACCUGUGUCACCGAUCACAGAGUGUAUGGCUGUAAUUCGUGAUGCCUGUUCUACUGAAGUGUCAAUUGAGGAGAAGCCAGCCAUCACAGAACAAGCUACCAUGUCCGAAGAUCCUGUCCUUGAAGCUCAAAUCCACCAAGUCGACACCACUGAACUCGAACCCAUGGUAGAAAAAACAGCAAAUAGCAUUGCAGACAUUCAAGUUGCCACUGAAGGUAUUGAGCCACAUAUUGAGAAAGUUGGUAUUGUCAGCACUGAAAUGGAAGGAUCUGAAGUUAUACAGCCACCUACAGUUAGCGAGAAUUCACCUAAAGUUGAGGUCAUUGAUCCAAUUAUUGCAACAUCCGAAGCUGCACUGUGUACCCAAAGUGUUGAAAUUACUGAGCCAACUCUAGAAACCAAGGAAGUCCAGAUGGACAUGGAGCAGCUUGUUGCUACUGAAGAAAUCUCCCCAGUUGAAGAGGUAGUCCACACAGUGGCCAAAGAGGUAUCCUCCACCAUAGGUGACAGUACAAUAACCACCACAAAGGAAACUGAGCCAGAAUUCCCUGUGGUCCUGCCCAGUGAAGUUAUUCCUGUGAUUGCAGAAACAGUAGUCCUUGUCGCCCCAGCCAGCCCUAACCCCGAAGAAGUUCUUGCUGAAAAUGUGCCCGUCUCUGAAGCGGUUGUAGAUGAAGUUGUUGAAUCAGAGGUUGCUGGGACUGAGGUCAUUGAGGAAACUACAGAAGGUGAAACAAUUGAGUCACAAAGCAUGGAAAUUGCCAAGAAUGUCAUCCAAGAGGCUGUGGAUAAAGUUUCAGAAGAUGCCCCUGAAUCUGAAAAACCCAGCAGUCCAUCCUCUACUAUCCCAACCCCAGACCAUGCAGUUGCAACAAUUGAGAAAGAUGUUGAGAUCGAAUCAGAAACUCCAAUAGUCACAGACACUCCAAUUGCAAUUCUUUGUGAGAAAUCCUCGCCAAAAGUCCUUCAUGUGGCCAUGGAAGUUACUGACACAAUUCCCCUUGAAGUCACAGGCAGUAUUGACUCAACUGAAGAGGAGAAGAAGCCAGAGGAGGACAAGCAAGAGGAAGAGGUUAAAGUAAGUGAAGAGACAGCAGCAGCAGAGGAGAAAGAAGAGGUCAAGGAAGAAAGUCCGGAUGAACCAGAACCGAGCAAUGAGACGGCAGUAGCUGAAGAGAACGUUAAUGACACAGAGACAGUUGAAGAAGAGACAGAAUCCAAACCCCUAGAGCUCCACAUCCCAGUCCAGGUGGUCCUCCAAACAGCACAAGUUCUUGAAGAACCAACAGUGGAAGAGGAGGCUGCAGUUGAGUUUGACACCAACGGUCCUGUAGGCGCCCCAGUUCAAGCAGAAAUCAAGACAAACGGUGAACAAGUGUCCGAACGGCUGUCUACUGUGUCAGAGGAACCCCAAGAAGCAGAAGCAGCAGUAGCAGCAGACAGCCAACCAGAAGCAGAGAAGCCAUUAGGGAAAUGCGCCGAGGUCAUGGCCCAGGUGAUUGAGGUGAUCGAGGAGGCCGUGAAGGAAAUAGAACCAGUCUCCACAGAGAUCACAGCAGCAUCGUGAGCAGAUGAAGAUACAAUACAUGUGCCUGGGCGACUUAGUUUGGACCAGGAAGAUGUGAGUGAUGAGGGAAAGACAGUGUGAAAGGCUGCAGCUCUGGCCAUCAUGCCCCAGAGAGUAAAAGACUGAUUCUGCCCCUGCCCUAACCACCAUCCUCCUGCAACCCCCCACCCCCACUGGCUCUCACACUCACGCAUGUCCUGUCCGAAAGCAUCUCAUCUGGCUUAAGAAUGAGUGUGACAUCAUAUUCAGUGGCUUUCUAGUGCCCUUUGCUGAAUCAGGAGAAACCUGUUGGAGUGUGUAUUUUGUGUAUACAGUAUGUGUGAGGUUGUAUAGUAGCGGGAGUGAGAUUUAUGACCAAUGGAGAAGAGACAGAGGAUUAUUAUCUUGUAUAUUGUAUUUAUAUUGAUUAUUCGUCAUUCAACAUCUAUUUUUUUUUUUUUUUCCAUUUUUGCCCUAUUUUGUUAUUGUAUGAACAUUGACUUUUGAAUUUUUAUCUGAUACAUUGGGUAUCCCCAUGGCAGUUGAGACUUUAUUUUAACAAAAUCUUCAAGAUGCCACCUGUAUCAUCACAACUUUUAAUGUCAUAUUCAUUUAUUGUUUGUAGCAAAUAUAAGUGAAACAUGGUACAGGUGUGUCCGUAUGUAAUAGCACUGUAAAAAUCUAAAUAAGCGGUGUUUGAUAUUGUAUUUCAAAACCUGUAAGACUGGACACUUGUCACAAUGUGCUGCGUCCCAUCAAAAAUAGUGUAUCAUAAGCUUCUGUAGAUAUGACAAACAAUCACUGCCUGAUUUACUGUGAAAAUUACAUUAUUACACAUUGCAUAAUAUUGUAAAGAUACAAUAAAGUAAUAUGAUAACU